AUUACUAGUUCGAAAAGAACAGACAAUUAUGGAAGCUACGGCUGCCGAGACUCCAGCGGAUGCCGCGACUGGAGUAAAGUCUGUGAAGUGUUCCAUGUGUCGUAAAGUCAAAACGAGCGACCAUUUUAUUAACCCUAAUUCGGACACUUUGUUCCACGUUUGUGAUAACUGCCGCUACCUAAGAAAGACGAAGUAUAAGAAGAAGCGUGUGAGGGUGGAGCUGGAGAGGCCCUCAAGUGGAUUAUCUCGGAAUCGGGACUCUAAUGGGUUACGUUCUACACGUAACAGCUCAAUGUCAGGAAGGAAUUUUCCGUCCUCUGCCCGACAAAUUCCAGUGAAAGAAGAAAUUGGGGGUAAGUUAUCACCUAAGAAACUAGCAUUCACAUCAGUGGUUCCAUCAAGAAAUUGGGUCGAAAUAUCUGAUGAGAACCAUCCAAACUAUGUUCCUAAGAACCGGAAAGUGUGUAUCUUUACCGACGCGCAAUAUGCCGUAAAUCAUCCGUAUUAUCGAUAUCAGGAGGUGAUAUAUAACAAUGAUGAGGAGUCCGUUACCGUUCUCCAUUCUUCCAUUCCUCCUACACCACAAUCGCUUAUUUUUUGUUGCAAAACUUCGGCCUAUGGAAACCGGUUUGCGUUCUAUGACCGAUUAUGGAUGAACCAGUCGUAAUUGGGUCUUGCAAGAUUUGCGAACGGCCUGGAUUGAUUGGUAUUAUUAAUUAUAUAAUGUAGUUGUUAUUGCUGGAUCUUCAAGAUCUUUUUCUUUUAGAAUAUCAGUCUCUAGUUGCUAAUUGUGUGUGG